AUGUCCGAGUCCAAACGCAAGUUUCAAGGCGACGAUAACAAAAGAAAGAAAAAGUAUAGAUCGGAUGGCACGCCGAUUUGGGGGAAAAGACACGUCGAAGGACCUGGCGUAUGGGUGAGCUGCGUAAAGGGAAAAGAAAAACAAACAAUUGGAGAAAUAUAUGAACUGUUCGAAUCGAUAGCUUCGGAAUUGUGGCCGUUAGAGCAAGAUUCAGAAUCAGAAAAUGACACCGGCCUCAGUUUAGAGGAUCAGAUUGCAAACGAGGUUUCUGCUAUCAAGCGUCCUCGCGGUCAACAACUUUUCGCCAACUGUCAGACAAAUACACCAUGUGUAAUUUUUAUAUCAUGCAAACCGCCUGUGGAUCCCGUGGGGCUCGUUGUCAAGUAUAUCCAAUCUGUACAACAGUCGGGCGUUACCCGCACUCGAUACGUUCAUCGCUUGGUUCCUGUCUCAGGGUCAUGUGCUGCUAAUCUUCCUGAAAUUCAGUCGCUUUGUCGCAAAGUCUUCAAAGAAUUCUUCGACAAACACCCCGACACACCAUUCAAGUUUAAAAUUGAAUUGCGCAUUCGCAAUCAUACUACGAUUCCUCGGACGGUGUUGAUCCAGAAUGUAGCGCAAUGUGUGCCGGAGGGCCAUACCGUUGAUUUACAGGAUCCUGAGAUAUUCCUUUUGGUCGAGGUCUUCAAGAGCAUUUGUGGUGUUUCGGUUGUUAAAGAUUAUUACGGUUUACACAAGUUCAAUGUCGCAGAAAUUGCCAAGCGUAAUGAUCAGCCACAGGAAGCAAGUCGUUUGACAGUCUCUUCGACUCCCACAGAUACGCCCGCGGCAGGCACCACUACAGUGGAAACGACACAGGCAGAUAAACCGGAAACAUCCGUCACAUCAACGGAAAACGUGUAA